AUGACUUCAACUUAUAUCCAAGAUAGCGCCACCAACGCUUUAACACCUUUACCACAAGCUUACCUUACUCCCACAACGCAAUUAACAACUUCACUACCACCAACGGAAAAAAUUAUACAACUUGAUAAUAAAUCUUUACCUUCAUAUGAACAUGUAAAAGUAGAUAUGCCACCUGAAUAUUCAAAAGAAGAAGAAGAAAACGAAUUUUAUUAUCCAAGUAAAAAAAAGUUAAAUAAAAUUCAACCUGAAUCACCUUGGGAUAUAGUACCAGUAGAAGAACAAGAAUUAUGGCCAAUAACAAAAAGAUUAUAUGUCGCAGGAUUUUUAAUUUGGCCACUAUGGUAUAUUGGUAUGGCUUUUAGCAUAUUUGGUAAAGAUUCUAUUACUAGAAUUUGGGGAAAACGAUGUUUUAUAAAUUCGUUGGUUGUUACGGGAGUUUAUAUUUAUAUAGCUGUUGCUUAUUUUAGAACCAAAGGAACAAAUAAUAUCUGA